CCAUGGUUCCCUGCUGUGAGCAUUGUCUGGUUACAGGCCUGAAUGAGGGGCAAGUGGAGUGCCAGGACUGGAUUCAAGGCUUGUGGCAGCCAGUAAAUGAUCCUUAUCAAGACCCAAAAGUUCAGAGCUACAGUGGCCCCAUAGCACAAAGGAGAACAAAGGUUCUCAACAUCUUAGUCUGAGAGGCAUCAGUCAGAAAAGGGAUUCUGAUGCCUGGNGAUGGCUGAGGAAUGGAGCCGUAGGCAGUAAAAGGGUCAACCACCAGGAGUCGCUGCUGCACCGGAAGCUAGUCUUCGUUGCGCCUGCGCGGACGCGGGCACGCGGCGUUCUCCAGCCCNGCGAGUGCGCGCCCUCCACACCAAGUGCGCCUGCGCGGAGCCUGUAGUAGUCCCCCUUCUCGCGCCGGGCGCUCGUCAGUCGCCGGCGGCCAUGGGGGAGGCCGAGGUGGGCGGCACGGGCGCCCCAGGCGACAAGGGCCCAGGCGAGGCAGCCCCGAGCCCUGCUGAGGAGACGGUGGUGUGGAGCCCUGAGGUGGAAGUGUGCCUCUUCCACGCCAUGCUGGGCCACAAGCCUGUCGGGGUGAAUCGGCACUUCCACAUGAUUUGUAUCCGAGACAAGUUCAGCCAGAAUAUUGGGCGCCAGGUUCCAUCCAAGGUGAUCUGGGACCAUCUGAGCACUAUGUACGACAUGCAGGCACUGCACGAGUCUGAGAUUCUUCCAUUCCCAAAUCCAGAGAGGAACUUUGUCCUUCCAGAUGAGAUCAUUCAGGAAGUCCGAGAAGGAAAAGUGGUCAUUGAAGAAGAAAUGAAGGAGGAGAUGAAGGAGGAUGUGGACCCCCACAGUGGGGCUGAUGAUGUUUUUUCAUCUUCAGGGAGCUUGGGGAAAGCAUUAGAAAAAUCCAGCAAAGACAAAGAGAAGAACUCCUCAGACUUGGGGUGCAAAGAAGGGGCAGACAAGCGGAAGCGCAGCCGGGUCACUGACAAGGUCCUGACUGCCAACAGCAAUCCCUCCAGCCCCAGUGCUGCCAAGAGGCGCCGCACAUAGACACCUCAGCCUCAGGUGGCCACAGAGAUGCUCCAACUGCCUGUCUCCAGGUCCCUGGGUGAAUGUGGCCAUACAGCAGAGAUGCUAGUGGGGCUUCCGCUGUGUCAUCAGACCUCCAGAGCACCUGAUUGGCCCAAAAGACCAGCAAGACCCUUGUCUACUCUGCAGAUGGUGAAGCCUUUGAGGCAGCCUCUUGCUUUCUCCUGUGGGUCCCUUGUGCCCACAGUGUGUGGAGAAGAGCUGGUGCAUGGGGCCAGAGGACCAAGAGUCAGCAAGCAAUAAGACGCCACCCUCACUGUCCUCAGGAGCCAGGCAUCCUCCCUGGGUGCCCACUCUUUGCAUCUGCUUUUCCUGUAAGACUCCACUGUGCACUGGCAUCCAGAGAAGGUGUCUUUGGAGUUCACACAGCACACACUGUGCACAGAAGGCCUCCCCAUCUGGGAACUAGAACUGGAUAUUUUGCCUCAUUCACUUGUACUGUAAUAGUGUAUAUAACUUAGUUGGUAUUUCACUAUUUAAUUUUUAAGAAGCCUAUUUUACUAGUGUUUUGUAUGAAGAAAAAUACUGCAGAAGUUAAACCUGUGAUGUGUUUUUUUGAGCUGUUUUGUUUUAAGGUAACUACUGAAAUAAGUCUGGCUGUUUUUAUAUGCCAGAUACAGAGAAUUUUUAGCGGUUAUUUUUGUAAUUUUAGUAACUUGGAAAAGACCAAAAAAGAGAGUGGAACAAAGGAACUGCCAUUAGACUGAAAAACCAAUGGCCUGAUGGUUGAAGUANAUUUUCAUUUGCAGAAUAUUAAAGCAUUAAAAAAAAAAAAA